AUGGAGCAAAAGGUUUCCCGCCGUCGAAAGGCACCUGAUGUCGUGAACGACAAUGAAUUCGUACCUGCUCUCGAUACCGAUGAUGAUUUAGAAACCUUCAACGAAGAGGCGGCUUAUGCCGAUCGCGAUGAACAAAAAAUGGAGCUUAAAGAGCUAGAAGCGGAAAGCGAACUCCCAUUGGACCAACUUUUGUUACGUUAUGGUAUUGGAUCACAUCGGGACAUUACACCGAAGGCUGACAGCGAAACUGCUGACGUAGUUGCUCUUGGACACACUCCUUUAAGCGCCAAGACUGUAUCUCUACUCGAGCUACGCACAGGCGAAAUGCAGGAACACGUACUUUCUGCCGCUUCGCACCUGGCCGAUGAAGAUGGUAUCAUUUUACGCUACCAGUCACUUGAGAGCAAGAUAAAACCGACGAAGCCACUUCCACAUUUCCCUGAACCCAUACCAAAUAAGUGUCACUGGCAGCACGUGGUUGAAGAGAUGACCUGGCUAUCAGGAGACUUUUCGAGAGAGCGAAAAUGGAGGAGGCGAACGGCUUCAAAGAUUGCAACUUUGUUGGUGGCACACCAUUCCCGAAAUGCACAGACGAAGCGUGGUCAAGUUAAAGACAUAACGAGCACUCGCAGAGCUGCAAAAGCAAUUUCGAACAUGAUAAUUAGCUUUUGGAACAAAGUCGAAAAGGUGCUCACAUUGCAACGUCAAGUAGUUGCAGCACACACGGAAAAACUUCAACUUGACGCUCAGUUAGAUGAUCUCGUCAAAGUUACGGAAUCUUAUUCCUCACAGCUCGCGGAGAGACUGAGUCAUUCUACCUCAUUUAAGCCUCAGAAUCUUAUUGGUGAGCAUUCAGUACGCGAUUCGCAGUACAACGAUACUUCAACGGUUUCCAGCGCGAAGAAAACCAUGGUUGCUGACGGAAAUACAUCAGGCGAGGCUCUAAGAUUCCCUCUUCUGAAGUAUACCUUGCGUGAUUACCAGCUUGAUGGUGUUAAAUGGCUCACACAUUCAUACAUUAGUGGGCUGAACGUCCUUUUAGCCGAUGAAAUGGGUCUAGGAAAGACUAUACAGACGAUCGCCCUUUUAUCUACGCUCGCUAGUGAAUUUGGAAACUGGGGCCCACACUUGAUAGUGGUGCCAACGUCUGUGAUGCUCAACUGGGAAGUUGAGUUCAAGAAGUGGUGCCCAGCGCUGAAAGUCUUCACUUAUUUUGGGUCAGUGAAAGAGAGACGUUUGAAGCGACAUGGUUGGACUAAACCCAAUAGUUUUCACGUUUGCAUAACAUCAUACAAAAUAGUAACGCAGGAUCAAGUUAUAUUUCGUCGGAAAAAUUGGGAGUAUCUAAUUUUGGACGAAGCGCACAUGAUAAAGAACUGGCAAUCACAAAGAUGGCAAGUACUACUUAACUUCAGCACGAAACAUCGACUUUUGAUUACAGGCACCCCUCUUCAAAAUGAAUUGAUGGAACUAUGGGCACUCAUGCACUUCCUUAUGCCUGAAUUGUUCACUUCGCAUUCGGAGUUCAAAGACUGGUUUGCAAAUCCUAUGAGUGCGAUGGCGGAUGGCACUCAGGUGGUUAAUGAGACGAUUGUCACGCGUCUACAUUCCAUUCUUCGGCCAUUCAUUCUACGCCGACUGAAAUCAGACGUGGAAAAGUCACUGCCAGAGAAACGAGAGCACAUUGUCAAGUGUGUGCUAUCCAGACGUCAGCGACGUCUAUAUGAGGAGUAUAUUUCUUCUAGUAGCACCAUGAGGACUCUUUCUAGCGGGAACGUGAUGGGCAUGAUGAACUGUCUGGUGCAACUUCGGAAAGUUUGUAACCAUCCGGAUCUGUUCGCCGGGCGGCAGAUUUGUAGCGCCUAUGAUAUGACACACGUGGACAAGCUAUCGCCGUUUGCUUAUUUCGCACAUCUCUCGCACUCAGCCCCUCGUAUUUCAGGAGUUCACCUCGAGAAAACAGCUUCUGAGGGCCGGGACGAAUGCGACAGAGCCGAAUGCGUAUUGCAAGAUAUGCGAAGCUAUGGCAUGACUGAUGAAGUGCCAUGUAUGAAAGAACCGUGUGCUAAACAAAUUCUGUCAUCACUGUCCAGGUUGCGCAUGAAGUUUCAAGUUCGACGCAAUGCAUCUCGGCACUGCACUCAAGUGGAUGUGAUUCGAAACGAUGAUAGUAUGGUUCGUAGUACGAAAUGUUUGCACGCAAAUGACAAGGAGACAUCGUACUCUCGUGAGUGCAGAGUUGCGCUGCAUUCGCACUUGCACGAUGGUUCACUCCCAUUCACAUUCCUCAUUCCACGAGUGAGAACAACAUCCCCGACUGUUUUCUGGGAGACUUCUCGAGAUUUACAUCCGCGUGCUAGCAGAUACAUGGAUGAAAAUAUCUUAAGACUUCUUGCUCCUUUACGAAAAUCCAUUAUAAGGCAAAGUAUGUUCUUUCCUGAUAAGCAGCUCGUGCAGUUUGACUGUGGUAAACUUCAAGUCUUAGCCACUCUUCUCCGCACAUUGAAGCAAGGAAAUCACAAGGUGUUGAUAUUUACACAGAUGACGAGGAUGCUUGAUAUCCUCGAGUCGUUCUUAAACUUACACGGAUACAGUUACUGUCGCCUUGAUGGCAGCACGAGCACAGAGCAGCGUCAGCUACUCACUCAAAGGUUCAACGGUGAUGACCGAAUCUUUAUUUUCAUCUUAUCUACGCGAUCCGGGGGGUUUGGUAUCAACUUAACGGGUGCCGAUACUGUCAUCUUCUACGAUUCGGAUUGGAACCCUGCCAUGGAUCAACAAGCACAAGAUCGCUGCCACCGUAUAGGUCAAACGCGAGAUGUGCACAUUUACCGUCUUAUAGGUGAGGGGACUAUAGAAGAGAGUAUUCUCCAGAAAGCGAUUCAGAAACGAGAGUUAGAUUCUAUGGCAAUUCAACUGGGCAAUUUUAAUACAGGAACGCUUGUCUCUACUGAUGUGAAAGUGUGCAUGUUUGGAAAAGGUCAAACAAGUCACGAAGUAUCUGCAGAAGGUAUCAGUGCGAGUAAUCCACAAGCAGACCAGGAAUUCAGGACCCGCGAUGAAACUUCUUAUCGCGAGGAGAUACAACCUGUUGCAUCGUUUGAUGCGAGCAAGCUUCUACCAGUCGAAAGAUAUGCUCUGGAUCACUGCGCAACACGCGGCUGA